AGUAGCACAAGUGUCAUACUAUAUUCUACCUUUUUGAACUCUUAUUUCGUAUGUCACCUUUUCAAGUAGGGCUUAUGAGCUGCUAAGGUUUUCCUGAGAUGUUUGUGGGUAGAUGUCUUAUAGCCCCCAAGUCCAAACUCCUUCCUCAAAGACCUGUGCCAUGUUCUCUUCCUCCUCCAAAUUCUGUGUCUUGAAACCUUACUGCUGUUUCAGGUCAAGAAUCUCUUGGUAGAAGUUCAUUCUGAAUUCCCUGUGUCUGAGAAGUAUCCAUUGGAACCCAAGCAAAGUCCCCAAUGGAGGGUGAUCCAGAAGAAAUGGAGCAAGAGGAAUUUGUGAUUCAUCAGGGAAUCCUCACAGGAGAGAAGCCAUACCAUUGUGAACUGUGUGGGACAUGUUUUUCUCGCAAGUCACACGUUAAAACACACCAGAGAGUUCACACCGGAGAGAAACCAUACCAAUGCCAGGAAUGUUGGAAACGUUUUGGUGACACAUCACAGCUAGUGAGGCAUCAGAGAGUUCACACAGGAGAAAAACCAUACAAAUGCCAGCAGUGUGGAAGAUGUUUUGCUUGGAAGUCAGACCUUGUGAUUCAUCAGAAAGUUCACACAGAAGAAAAACCAUACAAAUGCCUACAAUGUGGGAAAUGCUUUGCUCAUAAGUCAGCCCUUGUGAGUCAUCAUAGAGUUCACACAGGAGAGAAGCCAUACAAAUGCCAGCAGUGUGGAAAAUGUUUUACUCAGAAGUCUCACCUUGUGAAGCAUGAGAGAAUCCACACUGGAGAGAAACCAUACAAAUGCCAGCAAUGUGGGAAAUGCUUUGCUGACACGCCACAGCUAGUGACUCAUGAGAGAGUCCACACUGGAGAGAAACCAUACAAAUGCCAGCAGUGUGGAAAAUGUUUUACUCAGAGGUCUCACCUUGUGAGUCAUGAGAGAGUCCAUACUGGAGAGAAACCAUACAAAUGCCAGCCGUGUGGAAAACGUUUUGCUCAUACAUCACUGCUUCAUAUACAUGAGAGAGUCCACGCAGGAGAGAAACUGUACAAAUGCCAGCAACGUGGGAAAUGUUUUGCUCAGAAAUAUUUUGGUAUGAGGGAAUCCACACAGGAGAGAAAUCAUUCAAAUGCCAGCAGUAUGGCAAGUGGUUCUUCAGGUAACAACCUUACACACCACAAUAGCAUCCAUACUGGAGAGAAGCCAUAUGAAUGCUAGUACUGCUGGGAAUAUUUUGAUUAAAAUUCAUACCUUUUGAGACAUCCUAAAGUAUACUGAAUUCAAAGUGUAGAAAUGAGAGCACUGGAAAAUGUUUUUCUUUUGGAGAGGCAGCCUUCAUAUAUCUAGAUUGUGUAUUGUAAAGCUUUGUUGUAAUCUUUUAAACAUGCUAUUUCUGCCAAAAUGAUUAUGGUUUUAAAGUAUCUUGCCCUUACUGGAUCAUUUAAUAAACCUUUGACUUAUUUGCA